AUGGAGAACUCACGCCCCCCGAAUCGACGGCCCAUAACCUAUGGGGCCACUGCUAGAAGUCAAUCUCGGCCGGAUAUUGCCAAAUCUGCGCUCUCCUCUCCCGCCAAAAGAACUUCUAAAGAAGCACACUUGCCGAGUCCUUCGCGUGCCUCGCGAUCGAUGAACACCAAGUUGCAGCACAAGAAGAAUGGAAACAAGCAACCAGCUGGAUCCACCAAUGAAACAAAAACGCGCGCUCUUGCACGACCACAACCUGACCAAGAACCCAAUGUGUAUGACUUUCCCUCCUCAGAUGACGGGCAGAGUUCCGCCAGCCGGCGAAAGCGAAGGCGUUACAAUAUCGAAGACAAAAAAGCCCCGGCACCCCUGCAACUUACAACAUCCAAAUUUACCACUGAUGUAGAAUCUAAAACGGUAGAAAUUGGAUGUGGUAAUGUGUCAAACCCGGUGGUGAAUGAUGUGCGAGAUCGCCGGAGGCCAUUGACCAAAUAUCAGGAGACCCAUUCUAAGAGCUCGAUCAUGCAACAAACGAAUGAGAUCUCUACUUCUGGCAAAACAGGGUCCGGGAUAAUCUUUUCACCAGAGAGAGAUAUUGAACCCACUGAGUCUCCCAAACCACGCAACCCCUUGCCGAGUACUCACCGGGGCUCAUAUACCCCCACCGAGAACGUAACUCCUGGCCGAAGAAGGCUUAUUGACUCCCUGGGAAUAACCGAUUCUCCAGGUGAAACAUCACGAAAGAGUCCUGCUGAGAGCCAGCCGACCCCCAAUCGGGCUUCUCACAUUGCGCAUGUGAACGAUGUGCCUGUGAAUGAGAGCCAACCUGAGAGUCACACUCAAGGUUCUCCUGCCCCUGUACCAUCCCAUCUAAGAGGGUCCCAGGUCACCUAUGCACGUCAGCGGUCCUUCCUUGAUGAUCUCUCUAUGACAGAUGAACUUCCCAUCGCAAACAUUUCUUCUGAAUCGGAGCACCCUUCUAAGUCAGUCCAGCGCCAGCUGAAAUAUGAUGCUCCCCCGAUGGCUCGUUUGAUCGUGGCUGACGAGGAAACCAACGAAGAUGGAUCUGUCCGAAGUAUCCAUGAACUCAGACAGGCAGGUGGAAAUGCCCGGUACCGAGGUGCUGUCGAGUCCAUAUUUGAAGAUAUUGAAGAUCCUCAAAACUCGUUGUCUGGUCGAUGCAAUGCUUUUGUCCAACUUUGUGGCAAACUCCUGGAUACUGGAGCGCGACACCGAUUUGUCGAGUGCAAUUUUGACAAAAGACUCGUGGAUUGUCUUUCAAUUGAACUUCAGGUCAUCCCUGCUAUUUUGGCCUUCUGUGCCUACGCACUGGCAUCAUCGGAUGGAAAUUUGUCAUACGUGCUUGCUACUGCUGCGUGGCCCAAGCUUUUGGACACAUCAUACAUUCUGCUGGACGUCCAGGAUGAUAUAUCAGUGGCGACCAAGGCUCCAGCUAGCGGCCUAUCUCGACCUCUGCAGAAGACAAUCCAAAAUAUUGUCCCACAGGUUUCUUCGGUGCUAUUUCCCAAACCUGCAUUACCGAAACUUUCUCCAUGCAUUCUGGCAUUGUACUGUAUGAAGUCGACCAUCUCGACCCUACAAACCAAAGGCGAGAGCCCUGGCCUUUCCACGCCUCUUCUAAAAUUAUUGGUUGAGAUGCUAUUAUCCGAAAGUUCGCGCUGUGUCACCCAGAAAACCAUAUCACCAGGGAGUUCUCAAAUGCUAGCACUGGGCUUCUCAAUUUUGGAAGCGUCGACUGCAUCGACCGAGUUCAAAGAUGGACAUCAGGAUUUGCUUGGUCCGCUUUCCGGGCUCCACAACCUGCUCUACCUCAAGAGCUCAUAUGCCGACCCCGUCAGCCAAAAAAUCAAACCUCUUUAUAUCCGGGUGAUCCUCAAUGUCACUAACAGCGACCUUCUACUCUGCGAUCAAUUUGCGAAUCCGGAGUUGGUGGGAGGGUUGGUCGAUAUGGUCCUGGCAAACUUUGGUGGCCUGACCGAAGAUGCACUUGGCCAGGAAAACAACUCUCUGGACAGUGUGAUAUUAGCCCUGGGCGCUCUCACCAACUUAUCUGAACGAAGUGGAGAGUCAAGGUCAAUUUUCCUUGGUCCGGCUGGCUCCACGAAUUCUUUCCUUGACCGGCUCCUACGUCUAUUCAUGACCAAUGUCGAUUCCAUCUCCACGGCUCAUUCGGUCUUGGAGGUACAUCAUAAUGUCGCUGUGGGAUAUUUGGCAGUCCUUCUUCUGACACUCUGCCUGGACAACGGCGCUCGGUUGCAGAUCAAGAACUCGCUUGUUCCAAACGGGCUGGCAGCAGUGACCUCCACUGUUGAUGAAUUCUUACAAUAUCACCAAAAGAUUGAAGAGGAAGUCUACCAAUUCCCGAAAAAAGGACAACCAGCGAGUGGAUUCCUAUCCAGGCUACAGGGACUCGUGGCUCAGGUUCGACAGGUGGAGUUAUGA